AUGUCGGACUACCUACAGGAACCCAUCAUAGAGAAAAUCCUUCUCAGCUUGCCCCCCAGGAGUUUGAUAAAAUGCACAACAGUUUGCAAGUCAUGGUUGGCUCUGAUCAAGUCCUCCACCUUCAUUCAGACCCACCUCCGCCAUACCAUCCAAGACAACAACUCUCGCCUCCUUCUACUUAAAGUCGUCUCCAAGAGUGAGGAGAGUAGCAAGUCUUACUCUCUGCUCUGGCGUGACCCUGUUUCUGGUGAGUGCAACCUUAUGGACCCUAUUACAUUCAUUAUAGAUUAUGAAAGAAAUAUUUCAGCUCAGAGUCUGUCAGUCAUUGGGACUUAUAACGGUCUUGUGUGCCUUGGUCCAAGGGUAGUUGAUGAUUUCCCUGUUCUAUUUUGGAACCUGUCUAUUAGAAGCAUUUUGAUUUUGCCCACAUCACCAACCCCUUAUAGCAUAUUCAAGAGAUAUGCUUUUGGUUACGAUUCGCGUACCAAUGACUAUAAGGUGUUACUGAUUCGGUUUGUGACUCCUCCUUUGUUUGAUUGUACUGAUUUUGUCAAUGUCAAUGGCUGUCCACAUUGGUCUGGUAACCAAGUCGGGGAUAACUCCAUCAUGUCGUUUGAUAUGGUUAGUGAAGUGUUUAUCAAGAUCCAGGUGCCUGAAGCUUUGGGGGCCAGACAAGCUGGUGUACAAAAUAUGGGGACUGUCUUGCCGUGGCUACAGAGAAAAUAUCAUCUGACAUCAACAUUUGGGACUGGUCGAGUAGGAAAUUUUGAAAUUAGCAGUGGAAUGUGCUGCUACUUCAUGGAUUCUAUUGUAGAGAGCAUUCUCUUACCUGAUCAUGCCAAUGUUAUUUCAUUUAGGAUACAGAGCAGUGAUCACGAGUAA